AUGGCUUCCGCACAAUCGACCUUCAAGGGUCUCCCCGUCAUCCCUCCCAACGACCCCUCCUUGACUGCUACUACCACCACUCCUCGCAAGAUUCGCAAAGUCUUCGAGGCAAUCGAUCAGGCCGAGGGAGCAGGCGCAAGAGUCAGGAGAUCAGUGGGCACAAGAGAGUUGAAGAACUUUACGCCCUUCCUCAUGCUCGUAUGCUUCCCCGACCACCCUCACCGCGGCCAAGAAACAAUCACCUACCUCCUCAGCGGCGCCGUCGACCACGAAGACUUUGCCGGCAACAAAGGCACCAUCCACGCCGGAGACCUUCAAUUCAUGACAGCAGGAAGAGGCAUCGUGCACGCCGAGAUGCCCGCCCAAAACCCCGACGGCAGCGCAAACAUCGGCAUGCAACUGUGGGUGGACCUACCCGCCCAACUCAAAGACUGCGAGCCCCGUUACCGCGAUCUGCGCGCUUCCGAAAUCCCAGUCGCAAAGUCCGAGGACGGCAAGGUGGAUGUCAAGGUUAUUUCCGGACGUGCAUAUGGCGUUGAUUCGUUGCAAGAGUUGGCAUAUACUCCGGUGUGGUUGCUGGAUGUGAGGGUUCAGCCUGGUGGCACCUUCAACACUCCUUUGCCCCAUAAGUGGAAUGCUUUCAUCUACACGCUCAGCAACAGCAUCAACCUUUCUUCUGGAUCGACUUCGCGAACGAUUCCGCAAUAUCACAAUGCUGUUUUGGAACAGGAGGGUGAUAGCAUUGUCGCUAGUGUGCCUGAGACGGCAGACAAGGAGAGCAGAUUCAUCUUGAUUAUUCAAUACGGUCCCUUCGUUCAGACCAGCACAGAAGGCAUCUACAAAGCAAUGGCCGAUUACCAAGGCUACACCAACGGCUUCGAGCGUGCAGAGAACUGGGAGUCAGAGAUUGGAAAGAGCAUGGUGCACUAG